AUGUGGAAUGGUCACGCAGUCUGUGAGCGCCAGGGUGAUAUCUCUCCAAGGACCGUCUUCGCUUUCUAUCUCUUCGUGGACUCCUGCUGCGACUACGGCUUCGGUGAGCACUUGAGUUGCGGCGUCUGCGAUGGCUGCCGUGUUCUUGAUGGCGGUGGGAGUCAUGGCUCCGGUGUCGCUCCCGACGAUCCACCCGCCACGAGCGUGACGGGGAGCGCGAAGGAGAUUUUGAGCUAG